ACGGCUCCAUUCCCGCCGCCGCAGCCGCACAGAGCGCCGCCGCAAUCGGCGCGGCGGACGAAAUCGAAACCGAGGGCUUUCUCAAUUCGCUCCUCCGCGGAAGCCCCAACUUCCCCUUCACCCGCUUCUUCCUCCUCCGGCGCGCUGCAGGCUACGGAGAUUAAGGAAAGAUGCUUGAAAUGGAGGUGGAAGGGCCAGUACACGAUCAAUUACUUCGUCGCUCAGUCUCCCUCCCGGUCACCGCCGCUUCUCCUAGUUCACGGCUUCGGCGCCUCGAUUCCUUACUGGCGCAGAAAUAUCGAGACAUUGGCGCAGAAUCGCGCCGUCUACGCCAUUGAUCUUCUAGGGUUUGGCGAAUCUGAUAAGCCGGAAGGAUUUUCUUACACUAUGGAAACUUGGGCUGAGUUGAUUCGGGAUUUCUUGGAUGAAGUAGUUCAGAAGCCGACGGUC